AUGGAUGUGCCUGAGCCAGCGCUAGCAGGGUUAGCCGAAACAGGGGGCGCCGCGCAGGCUAAUUACAAAAAUACGACGUGUUUUCUUGAGGGAUGGAAUGGGACAAUAUCGAAACGAUGGAGUCUGAAUGAGGCUUGGGCGUGGUCAACAGACUCCGUAUCUGGAGAGAGGAUAAAAUCUCCGUGCAGCAUCGACUGA